UUCGACAGCUGAAUCUGCUCCUGAAUCCUGCUGCUGACAUUGUGUUCCAUUUUAGCUUUGAACUAUGACUGAGGCCGACUUAUACUUUUGGUACAAAGGGAUGUAUCUUUCUUCAAGUCUGCACGUAGCAGAGGGGCUGAAAUCAUAUGAAGAGUUUAUUUUUCACCCGGAUGAUAUCCUCAUUGUAACAUAUCCCAAGUCAGGUACGUCCUGGAUGAAGGAGAUUGUCCCCCUGAUCAUCAGUGGAGGAGACCCAGCCUCUGUAACGAGUUCUCUCAGCUGGGAGCGUGUUCCCUGGCUGGAGGUGAAUCAGACCCAUGCUGACUAUUCACAGAGGCCGUCACCGCGUGUAUAUUGUACACACUUCCAGUACAACAUGAUGCCACCAAGCUUCUUUGAAGCAAAGCCAAAGGUCAUCUAUAUCAUGAGGAAUCCCAAAGAUGUUUUUACAUCUUAUUCACAUUACUCUGAAGCAGCGACCUACAUGGUGGACCCAGGCCCACAAACGGAGUUCCUCCAGAAGUUCCUUGAGGGAAAAGUUUGUCAUGGUUCCUGGUUUGAUCAAAUAAAGGGUUGGCUGAAUGCUGAGGAUAAAGAUCGCAUCAUGUACAUCUCCUAUGAAGAGAUGAUAACGGACCUGAAGGACUCUGUGGCCAGAAUUGCUCAGUACUUGGAGAAACCUCUGGACGCAGAGGUGAUAGAGAAGAUAACAGAACAAUGUUUGUUCAAGAACAUGAAGCAGAACAACAUGUCAAACUACUCUGCUAUUCCUAGUGAAUCAUGGGACAAGAAAAAGGCUGAAUUUCUCAGGAAAGGGGUAACUGGAGACUGGAAGAACCAACUAACAGUGGCAGAGGCGGAGUACUUUGAUACAGUUUACAGCUUCAAAAUGAAGGAUGUCAAAUAUACAUUUCCAUGGUCCCAUCCCAACACACAAUGAUGCAAAGAAGAUGACCUGAAAAGAAGAUGAAGUUGGUUGUGCUUCUAUAACAGGAAUAGAUAUGAAUGUUUUCAGUGACCCACCCUUAGAAUCUCCUGAAGAAAACAUCCCUGCUUUGUUUUCCUGAGACGUAUCUCAUACUUUCUCAUCGAAUAUAGGCGACAGAUUUCUUCAUGUUAAUAAACACUGACAUAAAGAAUC